GACUGCAUUACGUCAGUUACCCUGCCAGCGGCUAGAAAGCACCUCCGUCCAAGAGAAUUUAGGUUACUUAUUUUCUGCGGAGAAUUAAAGUGAUUUGUGUGGGUCUUUUUCCCCCUCACUCUUACUCAGACUUUGGAGUUUGGGAAUCCUGGCCGGGCGACGAAGAGGAAUGAAACUUUGAAGCGGCGCAUCACAGCUCUCCUUCUUCAGUAUGAGACGUUUGUAAAAGUAUUUGAAAAUCGACGACACUCUCAGAAAGUAGAUGGAGGAACCAGAAGGUACUGAUCAUUGUUACUGUGCGGGCUGUGGAGGAAAAAUUCAAGACUCGUUUCACAUGAAAGUCUUGCAGGACAUCUGGCACAACGCCUGCUUUCAGUGUUCUGUGUGCUGUGACCACCUGACUAACUGGUACUAUGAGAAGGAUGGCAAGCUGUACUGUCGCAAACACUACUGGGAGAAGUUUGGAGAGCUCUGCCACGGUUGCUCUCUCCUCAUGACUGGACCUGCCAUGGUGGCCGGAGAACACAAGUAUCACCCUGAGUGCUUCGUGUGUCUGAGUUGCAAGGUGGUGAUUGAGGACAGGGAUACCUACGCCUUAGUGGAGCGAUCGAAACUCUACUGUGGAAAGUGCUACAAGCAGGUGGUCCUUACACCCAUGUUGGAAAAACGUUCACACGACUCGGUGCUAGACUCACUGCCCCACACGGUGACCCUAAUCUCGAUGCCCUCUGCAGCCAACGGCAAGAGGGGCUUCUCCGUCUCAGUGCUGAGGGAUGUCAACGGCUCAGUGAGUGUUCAAGUCAAAGAGGUCAGAGGGAUGCUUAUUAGUCCGGAGGUGCGAAAUGCCAUCCAUGUUGGAGACAGGAUCCUGGAGAUCAAUGGCCUUCCAGUUGGGACAUUAAUGGAGGAGGAGGUGGACGAUCUUAUCCACCGCACCAGUCACACGCUGCAGCUGCUUAUAGAGUAUGACCCGGUCAGGCAGCGUUUGGAUCGGCUUAGACUGGGAUCACCCAGGAGCCGGUUGGGAGUCCCAGCCACCUCCCGCAUGCGUCUGUCCUCACCUUCUGAUGCAGUCCUGGAGAGAACGGAUGUGGUCGAUGACGGCACGCUUAAAAGGAGGUCUUUGAGACGGAGUAACAGCAUAUGUAAGUCACCUGGGCCAAAUUCUCCCAAAGAGUCUCCCUUUACUACACGAGACAUCGGGCGCUCUGAAUCCUUGAGAUCCUCCAGUAGCUGCUCUCAUCGCAUCUUCCGGCCAUGUGACCUCAUCCAUGGAGAGAUCUUAGGAAAAGGUUUCUUCGGACAGGCCAUCAAGGUGACUCAUAAAGCCACAGGAGAGGUGAUGGUGAUGAAGGAGCUGAUCCGCUGCGAUGAGGAGACCCAGAAAACUUUCCUAAAGGAGGUUAAAGUAAUGCGAAGCCUCGAUCAUCCACAUGUUUUGAAGUUCAUCGGUGUUCUAUAUAAGGACAAGAGGCUCAAUUUGAUAACUGAGUUUAUCGAGGGAGGCACCCUGAAGGAUUUCAUCAGAGACACAGAUCCAUUUCCAUGGGAGCAAAGGGUGAGCUUUGCGAAGAGCAUCGCUUCUGGCAUGGCCUACCUUCACUCAAUGAGCAUCAUACACAGAGACCUCAACUCUCACAACUGCCUGGUUAAACUGGACAACACUGUGGUCGUUGCUGACUUUGGACUCUCUCGACUCAUAGUAGAGGAGAAAGUAAAGCCUUCUCCUGAAAAACCCUCCACUAAGAAGAGGGUUUUCAGGCGUAUUGACCGAAAGAAGCGGUACACUGUUGUGGGAAACCCUUACUGGAUGGCUCCAGAGAUGCUCAAUGGUAAACGCUAUGAUGAGAAGGUGGACAUUUUCUCCUUUGGAAUCGUACUUUGUGAGAUCAUUGGAAAAGUCUAUGCAGACCCUGAGUGCCUGCCCAGGACGCUGGACUUUGGCCUGAAUGUCGGCAAGUUUGUGGAGAAGUUCCUCCCUGACGACAGUCCAGCAGCUUUCUUUCCACUGGCUGUGGCCUGCUGUGACCUCACACCAGACAACCGUCCACCUUUCCAGAAGCUGGAGGACUGGUUUGAAGCUCUGUCCCUCAACCAGGAGCUGGGGAUCCCCCUACCAGCUGAACUGGAUGAACUGCAUCAGAGUCUGAGUCAACGCCACUGGCCUAAAGACGGCUCUCCAGCGCAGAGCAGCCACCAGCCAUCAACCCCGACAGCAGCCUCUUCAGACUCUUCCAGCAUGGCAGACAAUGGCACCUAGGACCUGUGCCUCCCUUAUUUGACCCCUCUAAACUGCUGCACUAAUACUGUGGAUGUGAAAAAGAGGAAAACUGCAUCGAACCCGAGCCAUAUUAGAACUGGAUAACCUGAGGUAGCUGGACCUUGUUCUCCCUGUGUAGGACCUUUACUCUAAAAGUUUCACUCAACUGCAAUGUGAGAGGAAAGACGCAUUUCAAAAAAAAGUUGUUGGUUACUAAUUCUUUUUUUUUUUUUUUUCAAGCCUUCUCAGCCCCCAUUCAAUGCACACAGGGUUUUACUAAUGUUUACUGUGUAUAGAGACAAAAUGCAACUUUCUGUUAUCCUGUCCCUGACUUUUAUAAAGUGGGAAAACCUGAGUGAGUCUGGCAUGUGACAGCUGUUUUGUUUUCCUGGCUCUGAAGUUGUUGUUUGCCAUGUGUGGAAUGCACAGAUCAGUCCUUGUCCAGAGGAGGACUCACUUCACUGCAGCAGCAAAGAAAACAAAGAGGCUUGAAAGUUAAGCUGAUGAUUGACAUGUCCAAGUAAACAGAGGGCAGGUCUUGAAGAAAACAGGAGCAGGCAGUGAAAGCAAAACAACCACUGACCCCAAAUAGUUUCAUCACUCUGACAUUUGGCACAAGAUGGCGAAGGAAUGUUCGGAUUAUUAUUAUUUUUUUGUUUAAGCACCACUGACAUUAUUAUUGACAAGAUGGUUACAAGUAUGGUUCCGUACUUUGUAGUCUAAUGAUUUUAAUUAAUUAUCAUCUUAGAAUGAUGAAUUAACACUAUUUAGAUUUUGACAUUUUGUUCAAAGUUUCUAUCGAACUCCAGAUGCCUUUUUUAAAAGACAGGGCAGAAGCUGUUCUGGAAAAGAAGGGCUCUCAUUAAUAAUUACCAGAUGUAACCAUGCAAGAGUUGACCAUAAAAAGUGGCCUUGUACAGAAGAACUGGAUUUUUAUUCUUAAGCAAUGUAAAUAAAUAUGUACAUAUUAUGCCUCUAAUUGGACAUCAUUUUCUAAUGGGAUCUCUAGAUUUGUAGAUUUUUAGACAUUUCGUCAACAAUGGACGUUUUUACCUGUUUUGCUAUCGCCAUGCAAGGUACUGACGACCAGUUGUAACCACUAUUAUUUAUAUCACUUUAGUAUUUCAUAAAUAAACCUUCAGAAAAUUUC